UAGGGAAUUGAUUGUAAACUUGACAUUUGGUUGUAAAAUUUUUUGAGGAAGGGCAGUUGAUGUAUCCAGGAUAUAAAUUAUAAUACCAGACCGAUAUAUGAAAGUUUGCCUUUGAAACUGGGUGUGUAUGAGAAACAGUUAAAAAAACAGUACAUCAGUAUUACAACCAUCAUUUCCACAGUUUGUUUAAUUGGCGAUCAGGAAUGGAGACAAGGAGAGUAGAAGAACCAUGCCUUGCAAUUGGAGUAAUUGCUGAUGUCCAAUAUGCUGAUGCAGAUGAUGGCUAUAACUUCAGCAAAACCAAUCGCCGAUACUACAGAACAGCUUUAAAAAUGCUUGACAAAGCGGUGACUUUCUGGAACAAAGAAGCACAGAAAAAGCCCCAGUUUGUGUUACAGCUAGGAGAUGUUAUUGACGGUCUUAAUAAAAGACAAAACACUUCAGAAUCAGGACUAGCUGAUGUUAUGAACUCUUUAUCUAAUUUUGAAGGUUGUGUUUACCAUAUAUGGGGCAACCAUGAAUACUAUAACUUCUCUCGGGAAUAUUUAUUAAAGUCCAGUCUGUAUUCAGGAAAUACGGCUUACAGUACACCAGUUCCAGGGAAAGUAUACUACACUUGUGAACCACAUCCUAACCUCAGGGUUAUAGCCCUAGACUGUUAUGAGAUAAGCAUGCUAGCAAGUCCACCUGAUUCGGAACAGUUUAAAAUGGCUGGUGAAUACAUGGCUAACAAUCUAAACACAGACAAGAACUCUGGAGAAGGUUUGGUCGGAGAUAGAAGAAGGUUCGUCAGGUUUAAUGGUGCAACAAGUGAAGCGCAAAUAGACUGGAUGAGAAGAAAUUUACAGGAGGCUGAGAAGUUGAGGCAGAAUGUGAUAAUUAUGGGUCAUUGUGGUGUAUAUGCUGAUGCUACAGAUGUUUCCUGCCUGUGCUGGAACGCCCCUGACAUCCUGCACGAGAUUCACGAGCACAGUGACAGUGUGUUAUGCUACCUCUCCGGUCAUGAUCACAGUGGUGGAAUGGCCUUUGACGAGAAAAACAUCCUACAUAUGGCAUUACCAGGAGUACUGGAGAACAACAGGGAUUCGGAUUUCGGUACGAUGUACAUGUAUGCAAACAGGCUGGAGUUGGUGGGCAAUGGGCGGGUCUGGAAUGUAACACUAGCAUUGAAAUACAAACUGACUAAAACUGAUAGUUAAUGUUAGCUUUACCUUAGGUUUUUUUAGUUUAAGUAAUAAAAUCUAAUAUUCUGAAUUCCAUGUAUACAUUAAUUUGUACAAAAAAACUUUCCACCGUAGGGUAGAUUUAAAACUGAAACUGAUUUAGAAGUUUUAUUACAAUAUUUAUUGUACUUUGAGAAAUGUUAAUCUUGAUCUUUAGGUCAAGUUAAUUCUGGGUCAGAUGGGAUCAAAAACUAGGUCACCAGGUCAAAUCAAAUGAAAAGUGUGUUAACACUUUAGAGGCCACAUUUAUGAUAAUAUCUCUAUGAAACUUGGUUAGAAUGAUAAUCAAGUUCAAAGCUGGGUCAAGUAUGUCAAAAACUAGGUCACCAGGUCAAAAAGUAAGAAAUGUUUGUCUUAAUAAAAUCAAGGCCAACUUAUAUUCCAACUUAUCAGGGGUUAGAAUUAGGUCAGGUGAGAGAUACAGGGCCUUCAAGGCCCUCUUGUUUCUUACUAUAAUUAAUUUUUUUAUUAUUGGCUAUAGGGUAAAACCUAGACCACUUUUCUGUGGUACAACAUGGAAAGUACCUCAAAUUUUUAGGUGUAUUUUGACAUACCUGUACCUGGUAAGGAUUUUUUUGUGGACUUAGAAUAUUAUUUUUUGUGGAUUUAGUAUUUUUUUUUAGAAUUUCUUCCCUUAGAAUUUUUUUUAGAAUUUUUUCCCUUUGUUUUUCCUGUCCUUUAGGCUUCAACAGUCUAGUUCUUUAAAUUUUGCUCUUAACCUCCUCUGAUAUAACACUUCAGUGUAUAUUGCCAUGCUCGGUGGAGCUCGUUUUGUAUGGUAAAGAUAUUUGGUUGAAAUUUGGGUCAUAAGAUAUUUUUUAACAUUUUAAAAAGUGAUAGUGUUUUUAAACAGAAUCAUUGUACAUGUUAAAAUUACAGUUAAUCCAUUAAGAAAGUGUUCAUUUUAAAGUUCAAGAAUAUUUUCAGAUGUAUUAUAUUUAAAUUUAAUUCAAAGACAAAUUUAAAAAAAGGUAAUUUGUUUCAUUUUUUCCUGUAAAAUGUUUUUCUGUCUGCAUUUGAAUUUAUACAGCUGAAUUCAGUUAAGCCAAGGGUACACACAGUUCAAUGUAUAAAAACUUUUAUGUGUAUGGUGAUAUAUGGUAAGCAUUAUUAUGCAUUAAAGGUUAAAAUGGUGUUAUAACACAUUAUAUUCAGGAUAACAUUAAAUGUUUAUAAUUACAAAAUGUAUAUUACUUGGGUGACACAGAUUGUGACAAUUGAUUUUAAAAUAAUCUUGAUUACUUUAAUUAUUUUUAAGUCUUUUUGUGAGAUUUUAGGGUAUUUAAUUUCCAUGUUUAUUUUUAGUCUUUAUAUGUUUAAGAUGUUUUCACUUUAAAAGUAUUUUAUGAGUCAUUGUCUAACCAACCUAGAUGUAUACAUUGUUAUGAUAGGUAUAGUGAAGAAGGGACUAUUUAUUGAGUCCUGUGUUUGACAUGAGAUGAAAUCUUUGUUUUCUGAUUUUGUGUAACAGUUGCUUUAAAGAACAAGAAAAGGAAUAGAAUUGAUAUUCAAAUUUUGUUUAUUGUCAUCAGUAAUGGAAACUGAUUCACAUUUAUUGAGCUUCACCAUGAGAAAACCAACAUAGUGCAUUUGCGACCAGCAUGGAUCCAGACCAGCCUGCGCAUCUGCGCAGUCUGGUCAGAAUCCAUACUGUUCGCUUUCAAAGCCUAUUGCAAUUAGAGAAACCGUUAGCGAACAGCAUGGAUCCUGACCAGACUCUGCGGAUGCGCUGCCUGGUCUGGAUCCAUGCUGGCUGCAAAUGCAUUAUGUUGGUUUUCUCAUGGUGAGACUAAUAUGACAUUGCUUUGCAGAAUUGAUCAAAGGUGUGCUACCCAAAUCCUCUGAAUUAAAACACUGUCAGUUUGAGAUGAGACUAUUUAUGUAAGAUUUCAGUAACUUGUAACUCUUCAUUUAACUUAGGGUUGAAUACUACUGAUAGUUCUCUUGAUAUGUAACAUGUUAUAACUGUAUUGUUACAAAAUAGCUGUGUAGAAACUUUAUAGGUAGAUUAAAGCUCUCCAGUAAAAAGGGUCUGUGUACCCUAAAGUAGUUAAGUGAACGAAAAGAUAUAAACUUGUGUGAAUAAAACUGGGGCAUGUGUGAUUGGAAGGUUUUAUACAUUAAGGUAGUAGAGCAAAUAUAUUUAUUUUUUAUGAAUAACUUUUUAAAUGAAAAAACCUUACGUCUGUGAUAUUUUUGUGAUAUGAUUAGGUUUUGAUUUGUGUUGCUUUAAUAUUAUAAUUCAUGUGACAGUUGUAUUUAAGCCAAAGUCCCUCAACAAGGCGUGUUCUUUCCUCUGACAAGGUGGCGUUCAUAAUGAGUGCUUUGUGGGGAAUAUGAACUAUUUUAAAUUUUGUUGCUUUGUCAAAAAGUAUUGUUGCUAUUGCAGCAAAGAGCAAAAAAAAUUAUGCAUGUUAUUUUGAUUGUUAGCACUUUUGAGAAUAAGCAGGUUUUUAUUUUGUCGAAACACUAAAACAGUAGUUCCUAAACAAACAAAUUGUUAACAUAAAACAAAAUAAAAUUCUGGAUAUAAGAGAUGUUCUCAUUUAGAUAGAUAUGUUUAUGGUAGUAGGACAAAAUUAAUGUGCAGUCAUUUUAUGUUUUGCUACAUCUAUAUUUAUUGUGGUUGAUGUGGCAACUAAUACCUUAUUCCAUUUGUUGAAAGUUAUGUGCCCCUUCUGGUAGGGGGCUAUUGAUGCUGGGACAUUUAUUGUGUAAAUUUGUUUGAUGCAAUCUUGUUUUGUUCACAUGUAUGAAAACAGUUAUAUUAUUGAA